AGAGAGAGAGAGAGAGAGAGAGAGAGAGAGAGAGAGCUAUAGUUAUGUAUAGAGAGGGAGAGUGUGUGAGAAUAUUGUAUAGUUAGAGAUGGGUUUUGAUGAAAAUGAUGAACAUUUUUGAGAGCAUAUAAUCGAUUGACUCAAAUGAUUAUUUCCAAUAGUUUUUUAGUUGAUUUGAUUGACACAUAAAUUGGCGAAACAUAUAAAUAGUUGUGUUUUUGUUGAUAACAUUAUUGUAUUAAGCAUUGAAUGAAUGCUUUAAACCAAAUGGUGUUUCGCCUCAAACAGCGAUUGCAUUACAGAGUGGUCAUUCAUCUACCAUAUCAUCACCACAUUAGACCACUUGUGCGGUAAUCCAUAUCUUUGUGAUGACAGUCAUCCGACUCUUCACUUUAGUCGAUGACAUCUAAACUGUUUAUAUAAACAUGUGAUGUGAUCAACAAAUCAAUGUAUUUAUUAUUAUUUAAAUUAUAAAAAAAUCAUUGAAACCAUGAUUUCAUUAGACAAUUGAUAAUAUGUUUGCUUUGGGUUUUCAUCGAAAAAAAUGUGAUGUAAUUAUCACUUGUUGUCACUUAUUUGGACACAUAUUCAACACAUUUAAUAAUUAAAAUAAAAAUCACUGAAACUCAUCAAAACUAUUAAUCAUUUGAUAAAUUGUCUCAACAAUGGGAUCCAACUGUUCCUCAUUAGGAAAAAAUGGCAAAAAAGAUAAAGUGGUGAACGAUAAGGACAAGGAGGACGAGGACAGGGAUCACGACCGACAAAAUGAUAACAAGAGGAAAGGUUCAGCCGAUAGUAUUCCUUAUGGAAGGGAACAGUCGACUGCAUCAGAGCUACAGUCGGUGCCGGAGAAGACCGCAGAGGAGGCCAGUAGUACGGAGUACUUGCAACCAGAGAUCAAGAUUGCUAUAAUCAAUGAUUCAAACGCUGUCAACACUCACACAUCCAACGUUGCCUUUCCCGAUGCUUUGUCACCUCCACCUCCAGCUAGAAGUCCCGAUACUCUAUCAGCUGCCAGUUCACGACCAGAAUCGGCGUCUGGCAAUACAUCGCCAGAAAGUUAUGCCAAUAGAUGUUAUACUCAAUUAUUUUCAAUUAAAGACGAUAACAGGCAUUUAAUUGCAAUAUCAUUGCAUUCAAAUGAGUUGAUUGUUUGGGAUAUUUAUGAGGAGAAAGUAGUUCGUACUCUUCAAGGCAUUAGUCAGCCGCGAGACGUCAAAAUGGUUGAUAAAUAUCGGGCUAUAGUGUUGUGCGAUCGCGAACUUAAACUUUAUAAUCUUAAUUCAGGCACUUUUGAAGUCAAAUUAAAAGGAGUUAUGAAUCAAAAAAUGCCAUUUUAUGGCAUACAUGAAGACAAGUAUGUGGUGGCACUAUCCCGUAACAGGAUGUAUGUUAAUAUGAUUAACACCACUACUGGGGAUUUAGAAACAACUUUUAAAGUAGGAGAGGAUAGGUUUCUUAAUAGUUUGUUGGUCAGUGCCAAUGGAAAGAUAUGUGUUUGUGGAGAUGAAACUCAAAAACCUUUUCCCCUAUUGGUAUGGGAUCUAACAAAUCGUAAAUUAUUAUAUGAUCUGAGAAUACCUCAUCACGAGUUCAUCACAAAAUUAGCAGCAAUUAGUAAUGACGGACAUUAUGUGGUCAGCGUUUGUAAAGAGUUAAACACGACUUCUCCCAAUUCAAUAAUUGUUUACGAUCUUCAAAGCGGAACAUUAUUUAAGAAGUGGAAACCAGAAUGCAAUUCAGUUAGUUUAGCCAUUUCAACACAAACUGGUUGUGUACUCAAUGGCAUCGAAUCGGGAGAAGUUCUAGUUUGGGACUUAACUACCGGUACCAAAAAACACAGUUUAACUGGACAUACAUCAGCACCCGAUGUACUGCAAGCUACUGAAAAAGUCAACUACUUUUUAUCAUAUGACUCGAGUGGUACCGAUCCUAAUAUACGAAUUUGGGAACUCGACUCAGGCUCAUGUUUAAUGGUUUACACACCAGAAAGUCAAAUAAGUUGCUGUCGACUGUCCCCCGAUGGCAAUGCACUAGUGUUUGGGGUAUUGGCGUCAAUGGCUCUCAAAACUGUAUUACUUAAUAAUAAAAACAAGUCUUCUGAUGAAUCAAAUGAUAGUUCAUUAGCACAAUAUGGAGAUGAAGUAUAUGAUGGCAUGAUAUUUGACUUAAAGCCAUAAUUUUAUGUUUGAUUUUUAAAAAUUUGAUUUGUUUUUUUAACAAAUAA